CCGGUGUCUUUCUUCAUUUAGUCUAGAUCGCUGGUUUUGUCCAACGGUAGCAAACGAAUUCAAUUUCAUUCAAAACAGAAUGCUCAUAUUAUUCCGAUCACGAAUUCUCAGUUGGGCAUGUCCGGUUCUGUUAUUUUUCGCGAGUUCCUCCCUGAGCCAGUCAGAGGACUUUUUCGACGGGUUCGAAGAGGUGACCAAGGAGCCCUCCAAGGGAUAUGGGGCGACUUUCGCCUGCGGAGAAGGAGACGAUAAAGGCAUAAGAACUUGUGUAGAUUAUUACAACUGCGAUCCAAAAACAAAUACAAUCAUUUCCUCCGGGGAUUACGAUGGCACAGGCUUAAUUGAUAUCAGGAUACAGAGUAACAGAUGCGACCAUCCCUUGCAAGUGUGUUGCGAUAUACCCAAAGGUGGCAUUCCCCCCGACGUCAAAUUACCCAAUACGUCAACGGAUCCAAUGGUCAAUCCUAAUCCCGAACCUGGCAUACCACCCGACCGUUCAACCCCUUCACCCAAUCCUGUCGGUACCGUGAGCUAUUGCGGUAUCAGAAACGAGAAUGGAAUCGAUUUCAAAAUAACGGGAGACAGAAAUAACGAAGCCCAAUUUGGAGAAUUUCCGUGGAUGGUCGCCCUCCUAAGAAAAACCGGUGAGCCUACAUCAAGCGAAGGUCUGGCCCUAUGCGGUGGUUCGUUAAUUACCCCAAAUGUGGUAUUAACUGGAGCACACUGUGUGUCAAAAUUUCAAAAUCAACCAUCCGAUCUGAAGGUGCGGGUUGGCGAAUGGGAUACCCAAACGACGAGAGAGCGACUGCCUUAUCAAGAGAGGGACGUGGUGCAAAUUGUGGUGCAUGAAGGUUUCAGAGCGAACAAUUUAUUUAAUGACGUAGCACUUCUCGUAUUAGCAUCUCCCGUCGAUAAAUACGAUCACAUCGGGACGAUAUGCCUUCCUUCACAAAAUUUACAAUUCACAUCGAGAGACUGUUUCGCAACUGGAUGGGGAAAGGACGUUUUCGGCAGAAAAGGACAGCCGCAAGUCAUUUUGAAGAAGAUACAGCUGCCAAUUGUUCCACAUAACAUAUGUCAGGAUUCUCUUCGCAAGACACGUCUUGGACUUGCAUUCGCCCUACACUCAUCUUUCAUUUGCGCGGGAGGAGAACCCGGAAAGGAUACAUGUACGGUAAGAAAAUAAUACUUUUUUGCUGGACCAAUUCAAUUAUCUUCACCGCACAUCCCAUAAGACCUGGUCUUAAAAAGAUAGAUACCUUAGUUAAUGGUAGAGAUAGUCAGCAGUUGAAAGGAGACAGUUACUAGUAGAAUAGUACAGAAUUUUGUAGGUAAUUAUUGUCAUGCCUUUCUGCAUCGAAAACAAUGGAGGUCCUACCAUCAGUGAGUUAAUUUUUUGAAUUAACUAAAACCACCAUAGAUAACCUCAAAUUAACAAGGAAAACUUGUUGCUGUUAUCAGUCCCUCCGUUGGGAAAUGAACCCGGGCCCAAGGUUUUACGUGCCAGUACUCUACCACUACCACCAGCACUCUAUCAUUAAACUUAGGGUUUUAUUCCUACUAUUACUUCAGAAGUUAUCAAAAAUGAAAGCGAAAAACAUCAAUUUAACGACUGUUUUUUUGUCGUUUUCAGAUUUAUUAAAUGUCUACGAGGCCUGUU